UCCGUGGGUGUCGCUCGCGGUUUACUCCGGGAAGGGAGCACGACAUGGCGGCCUCGGCGUACGGAAGCGGAGGGGCGGCUGCGGGAGGCGGUGGCGCCUCAAGCUUCCCUGCAGCCGGGGCGGGGGCGGUGGCGGUGGCGGUGGCCCAGGGGCCGCAGGUAGUGGUGUGGGAGUGGGAGGACGAGGCGGGCCACUGGAGGCCCUACAGCAGCCGAGUGAGCGAGCACGUCGAGCGCAGCCUGCAGCAGCUACACGGAGCGGCGGCGGCGGCCACCGGCAAAGGAACCCAGAGCAUCGCGCUGGGUCAGGCCGACCCCUGGCUAGCCCCCUAUAUAAUCGAUAUCCCUACACUCCACCAGUUCCGCCAGGACACCGGAAGAAUGCGAAGAGUCAGGAGGCAACUGUAUGCUCAGUCAACUGCACCAGGACAAGGAUUGGUAUGGCAAUGGGAAAACGAUGAAGGUGGAUGGACAGCCUAUGAAACAGCCAUUUCUAUUUUCUUAGAGGAUUGCUUCACUGGAAGACAACAAGUAGCUGAUUUAGGGAACUUCGGAUACAACUAUAUGGUGGAUUUGGCCAGUCUAUGUCAGAUAAAUAGAAGUACUGGAUUCCGGAGACGAAUUCAAAGAUGUUCUGAUGCACCAUAUCCACCACUGCACAGAGGUCAAAACUGUUCUUGUCAUCAGUGCCUACCUUAUGUAGCCUCAGGACCUAUUUUAAAUCGUAGUCGACAUACUCCCUACAACUUGGCAGGACCUUCUCAACAGACUCCCAGCAGGUCCUCUCAGAUCAUGUCUCCUAACCAUGGAUACUUUCCUUACAGUAAGAGAACAGUAUCUGUGGGUCCAGUUCCCACGGGAAAUCUACAUGGGCCUCGCUCAGCAAUAGCUACAACAGGGUUACCUACAGCGUCCAUUUCGCAUGUCACUAAUGGUUCAAGCAUUCCAGCAUUACCGAUACAGCUGAAUGGUCCGACUAAUGUGUUCCCAGCAUUUGCAGGCAUGACCGCAAUUCUGAUGUGUGCUGCUGGACUGCCUGUGUGCUUCACCCGCGCAACUAAACCCGUAGACAAUGCUGACUCGAGAAAAAGGGAUAAAAAACUCAGCACUGCCCGAGAUAAAUCAUUUAAGAGAUCGAAGAAAGUGUCCAGAAAAGAAACAGUGAAAGAUCCAGAGGAAGUGGUAAAGAAGUACAUGACAAGAAUAGAGGAACAUCUGGAUGAGGACUGUAUAAUAUGCAUGGAGAAGUUGAGUGCCUUGUCUGGAUACGAUGGAAUGUCCAAUGCAAGAACCUUUAAGUCGGAUGCAAUAGGGAAGCUCGGAAGGUGUGGCCAUGUCUUCCACUUGCUAUGUAUGAUGGCCAUGUAUGAAAAUGGGAACAAGGAUGGAAGUUUACAGUGUCCUUCAUGUAAGACAAUUUAUGGUGAAAAAACUGGAACUCAGCCAAAAGGAAGGAUGGAUAUUUAUUUAUUACCACAGUCACUUCCAGGAUAUCCAGACACUGGAUCUAUACAAAUUGUGUAUAACAUUCCUCAUGGUAUUCAGGGUCCAGAACACCCAAACCCAGGCAAACCAUACACUGCCCGUGGCUUUCCCAGGCAUUGCUACCUGCCCUACAACGAGAAGGGAAGACAGGUUCUGGAGCUAUUGAAAGUAGCAUGGAACAGAAGGCUGAUUUUCACGGUGGGCACAUCAAGUACAACUGGAGAAACGGAUACAGUAGUUUGGAAUGAAAUUCACCAUAAAACAGAGAAGGGAUCCAAUGUCUCUGGCCAUGGAUUUCCAGACCCCAACUAUCUCGAUAACGUCCUCGGAGAACUAGCUGCGCAGGGUGUAACUGUAGACUGUCUUAGGCAAUAACUGAAUGUUAUCUUGAAUGAACUUUUGAUUCAGUGUGCUUCUAGAGAUGCUUCCAUCUGUUGCACUCUUUGGAGUACGAGCUGUGCUUUAUUUUACUUAAGUCUUUUGUUAAUGCAGAAUCAGCCACCACAGCUUGGAUAGUGAAGUGAGGGUGCACAGGCUGCAUCUUAAGUCUAAUUGUUUGUAACUGCAGCACUGGUAGUAGAUGUUCCAUUCAAAGCCAAAUCUAGCUGAGCUGGACUCACAUGGUUUCCCUUCACCCCGUUCCUUUUCCUGGCACUUAGGAACACCUCCAGUAUAAUGUUUACGCAAAGCAUUAACCAGCAAGGAAUUGAACUAAUUUAAUCUUGUUUGAUUACAUAGUUUCUUGAGCAUUGUUGCAUCAUAUUUGACAGCGGCAGCAAUGUUAAGAACUACAGAACUUGGAAUUCUUGUGUACAUCAUUCUCCUUUCAACCACAGGCAUUAAAAAUAAGUCUGGGGCUCACAUGGAAGCAGGCAGUGGAAUCUUGCAGCAUGUGCACUUACCAUGUGAUCACGGCAGUGUUGGAUAAUGGAGCGUUUUAACGUACAAUAUUAUUUUCAUCCUAGAGGGUAAGACAAUAGAUGUUCAUAGCAUGUGCACUAGUACUGGAUCUUGGCGGGCUGAAACAGUGGAAUCUUAAACAUGCACUGCUCUGUCUGAUCUUAGUUGUGUGGGGCUGUACAGUCUAGUGUGCAUAAAUUGUUUAGUUUUGUGCCCAAUUCCUAUAGCCUGUUUCAUACCUAUGACAAGGUACUAUAAUUUUUAAUGAAAUUACUUUUCUAUUGUGCUCAGGGAGGCCUUAUAAUUAACAGUGAUU